AUGUCGUUAGAAGUGGUUAAUUUGAAAAGAAAAAAACCUAACGAACAAUUUUGCUUAUUCUGCGAUAAUUCAAGUGAUUUAGUGAAGAACCCAAGGCCAAGUACGUUGCUUCAUAUCAAAGAAGCAGCAAAUAGGAGAAAGGACAGCAUUAGUGAGAAGUUUUCAAAACUAUAUGAUCCAGACUCCACAAAACAAGAAUUUUCGUGGCAUCAAGACUGUUUAGCCACUUAUAUAAGUGAGGAGAAAAUAAGGCGUCGAGAAAUUGCGUUGCAUAAAAAAGAAGAAGAAGACAUGUCUGCUUCAACUUCCAAAGCAAACGUGGAGGAGCUGACUCCAAAAUCUCGUUCGUCAUCAAAGGAACUGGCAGAAUUGAAAAAAUCGUUAAAAUGCAUAUUUUGUAAGAAGGUAACAAGAAACAAAGAUAAGCAGCUACAUUUAUGUUCGGAAAUUUCAGCAGCGGAAAAAAUUUUUAGUACUGCACGUAGGAAAGAAGAUCAUGUUUUCACUGAACUGAGUACUUGUCAACGGCCUGAAGAUUUAUUUGCUAUCGGAGUGAGAUAUCACAAACAUUGUUACCUUGAUUAUUUAAGAUUACCGAGAAGUUCUGAAUUGCCAGCUGGUUGA